AUGUUGCAAUGGGCGUGUCAGUCCGUUGCAGGUAAAAAUAAAGACUUACUCGAAUUGUACUGUGGUAAUGCGAAAUCUUCGGUCUAUGCGGCACAGUGGAAUAUUCAACAAAAUCAGAUCAACAAUAUUCAAGUUGCACGCCUUUCAGCAGAAGAGUUUACUCAGGCCUAUAACGGCGAACGUGAAUUCCGUCGUUUACAAGAAGCAGAAAUAGACAUUCAGGGCUAUGACCAAAAUGUAGAUGCAGCAACACUAAGUCUUCCAUUGUGGCCCAAUACCGCAACACUAGCACCAUCCAGUGAACAAUAUACGCUAAUUAAGCACGGCGCUAUUCGCCAUAUCACUUCCCCUCAAUUGCGUGUAUAUCCCCCCAAACAGAGCAAUCACAUCGCUGUUUUAGUCAUCAGUGGUGGUGGUUAUGCCAGAGAGGAAUUGGCCAAAGAAAGCACGCCAACUGCACAGAUGGCAAUAAUCUGCUUGCACCCUUUCAAGAUGGCCAAAGAGCCCUGCGUAUCAUUCGUUAUCAAGCACAUCAAUUCAACAUUGAUCCAUACAAAAUUGGUGUACUGGGUUUCUCCGCAGGUGGACAUUUAG